AUGGCCGACGUGCAGGAGAACCUACUGCCACCUGCUGACGCAGCUGAGGCUGACCCGGCUAUUGACGAUGGCGAGGAGGCCGAGUCCAAGGAAAUCCAACUGAUGAAGCAGCGCGUCGAGGAAAUGGAACGGGAAGCGAAGAAGCUUCGGGAGCUUCAAGCAGCCGCUGAGACCGAUGACCAGUCAGGCGAAGGGGGCUCCGGUGAAGCAAUGGACACGCUUGAGGACAAGCAGGCUGCGGACAGUCGGAGUGUAUACGUAGGCAACGUCGAUUAUGGCGCUACACCAGAAGAAAUACAGGCACACUUCCAGGCUUGUGGAACCAUCAACCGUGUCACCAUUCUCUGUGAUAAAUUUACUGGCCAUCCCAAAGGUUUUGCAUAUGUUGAGUUCGCCGAACCUGAUUUCAUCGACGCAGCACUGGCUAUGGACAACUCUUUGUUCCGAGGACGCCUCAUUAAGGUGACGGCAAAGCGGACCAACAUACCAGGGUUCAAUCGUGGACGGGGACGGGGGACCUACCGAGGUGGUUACCGAGGGGGAUACAGAGGCGGCCAAAGUGGCUAUAGUCCGUAUCGGGCUCGCGGCAGGUGA